UCAAUGGUCAUCCUAAAUCUUAGGAAACAAAUAUAAAACAAACAUCAACCCAAAAAAAAAACACAACAAACGACAACAACUACCCCACACAUUUCAACAAGAAGAGAAAAGAAAACAAAAACGAACCCCACAAGUAAACAUAGGGACCAAAUUAGAAGAAAAUGAGUCUCGAGAAGAGGCAACGGCAAGUGUGGCAAGGUUCGAUGGCAUUGAGGCCAUGGAGACGACAGAACUCCACCAUGCUCCGACAGGACUGAUCGUAUCGAUCGACGAAGAUUAUCCGCCGGUGCGGACGAUCGAGGAUGUGAGAUAUAUUUGUUUGAUUGAGUCAACCAAGCUUUGGGGGAUUGCUGGUCCUAUUGCUUUCAAUAUUUUGUGCAAUUAUGGGAUGAACUCAUUCACUAACAUCUUUGUUGGUCAUAUUGGUGAUUUGGAGCUCUCUGCCAUUGCUAUUUCCUUGAAUGUUAUUGCCAAUUUCUCUUUUGGCUUCUUGCUUGGUAUGGGGAGCGCCCUUGAGACACUAUGUGGACAGGCAUUUGGCGCAGGCCAAAUGAACAUGCUAGGAAUCUACAUGCAACGCUCAUGGAUAAUCCUUUUCGGUGCAUGCAUCGCUCUACUACCACUUUACAUUUGUGCUUCUCCACUCCUCAAGCUUCUUGGCCAAGAGCCUAAAAUCGCAGACAUGGCAGGGAAAUUCUCGAUCCAAAUAAUUCCCCAAAUGUUCUCUUUAGCCAUCAACUUUCCAACCCAAAAGUUCUUGCAGGCACAAAGCCGAGUUGGGAUUCUAGCUUGGAUCGGAUUUGGAGGUCUAAUUUUCCACGUGGGGCUUUUAGUUUUGUUUAUCAAAGUGUUUGAUUGGGGCACAAGCGGGGCAGCCGCAGCGUACAACGUGUCGGCGUGGGGAAUCUCCUUGGCUCAGGUGGUUUAUAUCGUUGGGUGGUGUACUGAGUGUUGGAAAGGCCUCUCGUUGCUGGCUUUUAAGGACUUGUGGGACUUCGUAAAGCUUUCAAUUGCUUCAGCAAUUAUGCUUUGCUUGGAGAUUUGGUAUUUUAUGACCAUUAUUGUCCUUACUGGCCACCUUGAUGAUCCUAUUAUUGCUGUUGGUUCACUCUCUAUUUGCAUGAAUCUAAAUGGAUGGGAAGGCAUGUUGUUCAUAGGGAUCAAUGCAGCAAUAAGCGUUCGAGUAUCAAACGAACUCGGAUCGGGACAUCCGAGGGCUGCGAAGUACUCUGUCAUCGUGACAAUCGUCGAAUCGUUGUGCAUUGGACUCUUUUUCGCAGCGCUUAUCUUGGCAACGAAAAACUAUUUUGCGAUCAUAUUUACAGAUAGUAAAAAAAUGCAAGAAGCAGUUUCUCGUUUGGCUUACCUUUUAGGUAUAACAAUGGUGCUCAAUAGUGUUCAACCAGUAAUAUCAGGUGUGGCUGUUGGAGGAGGAUGGCAAGCUUUGGUGGCUUACAUUAAUUUGUUUUGUUAUUAUGUUGUUGGCCUUCCUUUUGGCUUCCUCCUUGGCUACAAAACAAGUUUAGGAGUGGAGGGAAUAUGGAUUGGUAUGAUAUGUGGGACGUUCUUGCAAACAAUGAUUCUUAUGUUAAUUGUUCUUAAAACCAACUGGAAUAAAGAGGUGGAGGAAACCUCGGAAAGAAUGAAAAGGUGGAUGGGAAAGGAUGAUACAAUGGCCCCUAAUCCAACAUGAACAUUGGCCAACCCCUUGGGAGAGUCAUUCAAAUUCUUUUUUCUUUUCUUUUUUUUUUUUUUUUUCCCUUUUUGGUAUACCUUGACAUUGUAAAUUUGCAUAUAGGUCCUCAGUUGCAAAUAUAUUCUUUUCUCAUAUGGUCAGAUUGUUGAGACUAAAAAUUUAGUUAAAGCUUUUGCUUAUUUGUUA